UUUCUCCCUCGUCCAUUUCUUGCCCUCUUCCACUCCUUGUCUUAUUCUGGUGCCUUCUGGUGUCGUUCCCAUAUGUCUGAGCCAUGUCAGCAUUCACUGAUGUGCGCUGGGCAUGUGCGCUAAGCACUAGCGGCUGUUGGAAUCGGGUGGGGGUAGUAGAUAGUAGUUUGGAUGGUGCUGGUUGUAAGAUCCAGCGCCAUACACUCAUUCGCAUUCCGACAGUUUCGGCGACGUUCUCGCAUGUUUGCAUUCAUUUGCAUAUGUUUCUGCCACUGUAUUCAGUUUGGAUGCAUUCGCAGACGUUCUUAUGCAUUGGUGUUCAUUUGCAAAUGCUUCCAGACAUUUUUGCAUAUCUGUACUUGUUUUUACAACUACCUGCAUGUAUCUGCACAUAUUUGUGCAAUAUUUAUUCAGUUCUCGGUUCUCGUCUAACCUCCUCUGAACCAGACUGAACUGGACUGCAGC